AUGGCGAAUUCCGCCCGAAUCCAAGAUGCAACCGGGGCCGCGGAGUAUCUGUACCGAUUAUGCAAUAAUCUGGGGAAUUCCAACCUCACUGGCCAAUCGCAUCUUCGAACCACGCUUCGGCAUCGGGCGGACCAGCUUGGCAUCGUCCCUUCGAGGAUGGCCGAGAUUCGGAUGACGCACACGACUGGCCUCGGCGUUGGCUCGGCUGCGAUCCGCCACCGACCAGUGAUUGGCGGCGGCGCGGAACGCCAAGAGCGGGAUCCUGGGCGGCCCUCCGCGCUCGACACCUCCAACGACCUGCGAUAA